CUACUUGAUUAAACAGUGAUAGAUUGAGAUCUGGUUGCAAACAUGCUGAUUAGUUAAUCACAAGCAUGUUAAGUACACAUCAGACUGAUAUGUGUUAGCGUGAUGUGGGACUAUAAAGUCCAGAACUGUGUGAGAUCUCCCUUCAGAAGACUAUCCCUCAUUCAUCGUAUCAGGAACGUGUCACCAUGAAGUUGUCUCUCGUCCUGUGUCUUCUCCUUGCUGUUGUCCUCUCUGUUAGGGCUAAAGUGUUAACCAAUGUAGAGGCUGUCACUCUCACUACAACCCCGGUCCCUGUCACUACGGUCACGGGGCUUUACAAUGACACCACCUCCACUAUUUCAACUACUACAAGGCCCCCUACAGUCACAGCAACUCCACCUAUCUCUUCUCCAUCAACAACAACACCAGUUCCGACUACACAAGCUCCCCUCUCCCCGAGCCAGAUAAUGUGUCCAAAAGGAUGGAAGCUGUUCCAGGGACGUUGCUACAUGUAUGUGAAUAGCGACUUGACCUGGUCCCAGGCUCAGUCCAACUGUGCCGCGGUUGGGUCCAUGUUGGUUUCCGUCCACAGCACCCAGGAGUAUGGUUUCCUCCAACGACUCACCUCCAACUAUAAUUCAGAGGUUUGGCUGGGUGGCUUCUACCUACAGGACCAGUGGUUAUGGCUUGAUGGUUCCUGGUUUUACAACAACACCUGGGCCAGCCAUUCAGAAGACAGCAGUAACCCCUGCCUAAUGCUAAAUUCUAAUGAGGGAUACUCCAAUUAUCAAUGCAAUAAUUACAUUCCGUCCAUCUGUGUGAAGAACUCUAACGUCCCAUUGCUCAUGGUGUGUCCUUAUGGCUGGACGGGGUUCCAGGGCCGCUGUUACUACCACAACCAGGAAACUUUGAGCUGGCAUGACGCUGACUCUACCUGUGCUAGUCUCGGGGCAAAUCUGGUUUCCGUCCACAGUCUCGAAGAGUAUAACUUCCUCUAUCAAACUGCUGCUACUACAGCCUGGCUGGGUGGAUUUUACCUAAUGGACCAGUGGAUGUGGCUCGAUGGCUCCUGGUUUUAUCAGGGAUUUUAUGAUGAUAUGUCUCCAGACAGUUCCAACCCAUGCCUUUCAACAUUUAAUUAUGCUGGAUGGACCAAUUACCCAUGUGAUGAAAUGUUUCCUUCGUUUUGUGUGAAGAAUGUGGCGCCGUGAAGAAUGUACUUGAGUUAUCGUACAGACAGAGUAACGCAAAAUUUCAGUCAAAGAUGCAUUCAACCAAAUGUUUUCUUAGCCCAAUUGAAAUGCAAAGUAUCUGUCUUAUGCUAAUUUCCCAUCCAAAAUAAAGACGAUCUUAUCAUCC